UCGCGUAGCCAGACCACACCCUCCGUGCCUACGGGUGGGUCUGGCAAAUUGACCAUACUCGGCUCGUUCUGGUUCACCCAAAACUGGGUGAACCGGAAGUGUUGCGUCACAAUACAACGUCACACAUAUCUCCGCGAAUUACCGUGAAUUUGACCGUUUACUUCAAACACAUGGUUGAAAUUAGGGCCCAGCCCACUUGAGUCUGGUGCGCGAAACUAGGUUCAAACACAGUUCAAACUUCAAGCUAUGUCUCUUACAGCUGCAGAUGCUCUCUCUUUAGCCGAGGCUAAAGUUGGUAUAACUCUGAAAGACAAACAAAGAGAGGCAGUGCUUGCUGUUUUACAGAAUAAAGAUGUUUUUUGUGUUUUACCAACUGGUUAUGGCAAGUCCCUAAUAUAUGGCAUACUUCCAAUGGCUUUUGACUACAUGUUGGGUAGAGAAGUAGGAGUGAGCAUAGUUGUAUGUAUUUGUCCCUUGACCUCACUAAUGCUGGAUCAACGAAGUAACUUUACCAGCAAGGGGAUCUGUGUUGAGUAUGUUGGUGAAAUUCAACAUGAUCAAGAUGUCAUUAAGAAAAUAGUCAGUGGUAAUGUCCCACUAAUUCUAAUUAGCCCUGAGAAUAUUACACGCAACCCACUCUAUCGAGGAAUGCUGCACAAUAAAGUGUUUAAAGAUAAUAUGGUAGUCUUAGCAAUUGAUGAAGCACAUUGUGUGAAGACAUGGGGAGAUCAUUUUCGAACAGCAUUUGCUGAAUUGGGUCACAUUCGCAGUUCUUUACCAAAUGUACCCGUAAUUGCCGCAACAGCUACUGCAACAAAAACAACUUUUGAAGCUGUGGUAAAGAGUUUGCUAAUGGAGAAUGUGGUGGUUAUAGGGAUUUCACCCUGUAGAGACAACAUCUUUUUGACUGUUACGUCUGUGUCUUUGAGUGAGUUUGCAAACAAUGUGUAUACCCAAUUGAGGAAGGAAGGAUUAAAUUACCCUAAAACUGUUAUUUUUUGCCGUUCAUAUUCAGAUUGUAACUUAGUAUAUGACAACUUAGAGCUAUUUCUUGGUCCUUACAUCACAUAUCCCCCAGGAAAACUGAUCGUUCGUCAAUAUCGUCUUCUUGACUUAUACACAAGAGCUAGUACAGAUGAUGUUAAAAAAAGUCCUUGAUGAAUUUGUGAAAGAGAAUUCACAAAUUAGAAUAAUAAUAGCAACCUGUGCAUUUGGGAUGGGUAUAUUGACUGCCUAGAUAUAAGA